AGUUGUGUAGAUCACUGAGAGACUACGAGGGUCCGGUUCAGUUUUAAUUCUGUCUCUAAUCUCUGCAACAGCGGCGCUUCCCGGGUCCCGCGGCUCCCGCGCGCGAUCUGCCGCGGCCGGCUGCUGGGCAAAAAUCAGAGCCGCCUCCGCCCCAUCACCCAUCAUGGAAAUCCUCCAGGAAAAAGUGGCCCCGGACACGCGAGCCUGAGGAUUCUGCACAAAAGAGGUGCCCAAAAUGAAGACCCUGAUGCGCCAUGGUCUAGCAGUGUGUUUAGCGCUCACCACCAUGUGCACCAGCUUGUUGCUCGUGUACAGCAGCCUCGGCGGCCAGAAGGAGCGGCCCCCGCAGCAGCAGCAGCAACAGCAGCAGCAGGCGUCGGCCACCGGCAGCUCGCUGCCGGCGGCGAAGAGCAGCCCCCAGCCGCGCCCCGGGGUCCCCGCGGGACCGCGGCCACUGGACGGAUACCUCGGCGUGGCGGACCACAAGCCCCUGAAAAUGCACUGCAGGGACUGUGCCCUGGUGACCAGCUCAGGGCAUCUGCUGCACAGUCGGCAAGGCUCCCAGAUUGACCAGACAGAGUGUGUCAUCCGCAUGAACGACGCCCCCACACGCGGCUAUGGGCGCGACGUGGGCAAUCGCACCAGCCUGAGGGUCAUCGCGCAUUCCAGCAUCCAAAGGAUCCUCCGCAACCGCCACGACCUGCUCAACGUGAGCCAGGGCACCGUGUUCAUCUUCUGGGGCCCCAGCAGCUACAUGCGGCGGGACGGCAAGGGCCAGGUCUACAACAACCUGCAUCUCCUGAGCCAGGUGCUGCCCCGGCUGAAGGCCUUCAUGAUUACUCGCCACAAGAUGCUGCAGUUUGAUGAGCUCUUCAAGCAGGAGACUGGCAAAGACAGGAAGAUAUCCAACACUUGGCUCAGCACUGGCUGGUUCACAAUGACAAUUGCACUGGAGCUCUGUGACAGGAUCAAUGUUUAUGGCAUGGUGCCCCCAGACUUCUGCAGGGAUCCCAAUCACCCUUCAGUACCUUAUCAUUAUUAUGAACCUUUUGGACCUGAUGAAUGUACAAUGUACCUCUCCCAUGAGCGAGGACGCAAGGGCAGUCAUCACCGCUUUAUCACAGAGAAACGAGUCUUUAAGAACUGGGCACGGACAUUCAAUAUUCACUUUUUUCAACCAGACUGGAAACCAGAAUCACUUGCUAUAAAUCAUCCUGAGAAUAAACCUGUGUUCUAAGGAAUGAGCGUGCCAGACUGUAAUCCCAGGUAUUCACUGCAUCAGACACCGAGACCCUGAACUUCCUGAGCUACCAGACAGGAAAGGGUAGCAGAAAACAGCUUCACUCCUCAGGAAGUACCAUGGACAGAUGUCUACCAGGCGUGACAAAGCAGUGCAGCUGGAUUGUAAGGAAAAAUUCCAGAAUUAAUGCAUCCUAAUGAGUGUUGUCCCCUUCAAUGGUGUUACUUAGGAGCUGAACACUCAAUUCAGUUAUACCACUAUGGCUAAAAACAUUUUGGAUCUCUUAGUAUUGCCUUUGAAACUGCAACAUAAGCAACUCAACAAUAUUAAUUGCAUUCCUUUACAGAAAUACCGUGUCAAAGACAUUUUUCUAUCAAGUUGUAUUCUUUCCUGUUCUAUAAUCUUUGUCAUCUGUUAGACUGUGUAUGUGUGAUUUGUAAAAAGCAGGCUGAAACUAUGGACAUGAUUUCUGAAGAGCACAUCUCCACUGACUUUCAUAAAGCAAAUGUCCAAUUUUUAUUUAUUGAGAGUUUUUUAGUGCAAUCUAGGCCAGUAUUUUUAUAGAUUAUGAUUAUGUGGUAAUUUAUCCUUCCUAACUCUUUAAUCCUGAAUGAUGGUUGGAAAUGGCCUAGAAUUGGGUUACUCUGUUCACAAUGCUCACUGUUAGCAUGCAAUUGGUAUUUGACUUGGAAAUGUUGUGAUGUAUUUUUUGAACCCCUAGGCUUCAGGAAAACUGCUCUUUUAUAGAAAGAAUAGCAAUGACAUUUUCUAAUGUGCAGAAAUGUUCCAAAAGGACAAAAUUGAAAACCAAAAACUAUGUUAUUAAAACACAAAAAUGCUAACAAGAGAAAUUUAAAGGUAGUUUUCUUUAGUAAUAAUUGAUGUGAGUGUCCUCUCUUGAGCCCUGGUUUCCUCUUUGGCAGAAUGAUGUCACUGUACCAGAAAACCUCUUAGGUUUCAUCCCAAAUCUAAACUUGUGGCCUCCUGUUGACCCAUUUGAAGACUCUGCACUUGGAGUGAUGGGGUCCCAACAGUAGCAGGAACCUUAUUUUGGGGGGCCUUAUCUACAUUCAUAUUAUUUAUCUCACUCUUGUGGUUAAAACCACACUUCUUCCUCAGCCCACAUGGGCUAAAAUCUACCCCCUGCUUCUCUCGAAGCAUCACCAUCCACCUCUUCCCCAGCCUCUCAACACAAAAACACAGGAUAGACACACACACACAAAAGGCAUACUUCCAAGGGGUUCCCUGGCUACAAGAGCACAGAGCUGCCCUUCUGUGAGGAAAAGAGACUACAAGGACAUGCCCUAUCAUUCAACUCAUUGAUGCUAUGGACUAUUUAGACUCAUUACAAAUCUUCUUAGAUUAUAUUCAUUACCAUUCCAAGGUCUGAAGGAGUAUAAAGGACUUAUUUUAUUCAGAGCCAAGAUAAAUUCAUAUUACAGAUUUUUAUUAAAACAAGUAAUAUUGUUCAAAAGUAGUCUCAUAAAUAUACUAGUGUUUUCUUUACAUAUGACUCAGAAGGCAUUAGAGAAACUAAUUUGAAGGCACCAGCAAAUAUUAUGUAUGAAGACUGACAUUGUUUUACAGACAUGACUUGGCUUGUGAUUAAAGAAGCUUUAUCACAUUACCACUUCUUUCCCUUUUCUUAAUUAGUACACUAACUAGUACUAUUAAUUCUAUGGAGUACUAUUGUUAAAAUGCAAACACAAUCAGGGUACUCACGUAACAUAAUCAAAGUUGAUAUUGUUGAGUGUGACUUGGGCUGUUCAAAGCCAGUAAGGUUGAAAUGGCUGUCCAAAACAUACUGGAAUAUGUUCUUUAAGUUUUCUCAUAGUUUUUAAAGGGACUAUGAAUUUUAUUCCAACACAUUGUCUUCCACAGCAUGGACUCUGAACACAUCGUAUUUUAUCAACAUAUGAAAAAGUGUAUAAAUUUUAUACAAUUUACUUAUAGGCCACCUUUAUAAUCACUUGAAGAGAUUAUGUUGCUCAAACAUAAGUGGCUUCUUUGACAAUUUCUAUAUUUGUGGAAAUUUGGAAAGGCAUAGUUUCGAUAUGCAAGAAUGUAAUUAUAUUGCCUCAUCUAAUAAUAUCUCACAUAUCUGUGUAUCUUCAGAUUUUAGAUUUUCUUUAAGAAAAAACCAUCAUGGUAGCUCCAUCUUGUUUGUAACUUCUCCCUCUCCAAUACUCAAAAGAAUGAAAAGAGACCAAAUUUGGAAAAUCCUGGCUUCACUGGGAAAUGUUUUAAAUCUACAUGUAGCUAGGAUAUGUGAUUUCAUAUUUUUAAAAAAUGUGGUGUAAAUAAGUGUAAAAAUUACCACUUGCAAAGUGGUUUUAUUACAGCAUUAAAGAAAAUGACUAGAAUUCUGAUAGAUUGUGCUGAUGAACCUGGUUGUGGGCAAUUGAAUUCUUGUCUUGCCACGACCAUUUCAUGACUGUCAGUCUUAACGCUAUUCAACACCAUUAAAUAUAAACUCUGAUAUAAAA